AUGAUGGUGCCAGACUACACCCUGAUUGCUGAGAUCAUGCUCUAUGCCGAAGGCUUUGGCGCGGCAAAAGUGCUGAGCGGCAAGUUUACGAAUCUGUACAAGUUGUCUUCGGAACAAUUGUCCAAGCAAGACCACUACGACUUCGGAAUGCGAGCUGUGAAGUCAGUCCUCGUCAUGGCCGGCAGCUUGAAGCGAGCAGACCCAGAUGAGGAUGAGAACAUCUUGCUGAUCCGAGCCAUGCGUGACUCCAACGUUCCGAAGUUCCUGUCAGACGACCUGCCGCUCUUCUUUGCAAUCGUCAACGAUCUCUUCCCGGGCAUCGAAGUGCCGUACUACGAUUACGGUGCCCUGCAGGUGGAAAUCGAGCGGGGGCUGCAAAAGCAGCACUUGCAGGUCCACGACAAGCUUGUGACCAAGACCAUCCAGCUUUUCGAGACCUUCAUGGUCCGUUUCGGCGUCAUGCUUGUUGGGCCAACGCUUGGUGGCAAAAGCGUGGACUACAAAACCCUCGCGAUUGCGUUGACACAGCUCCGGGAGGACCAGAACCCGGACGAACGAUACCAAAAGACCCGGUACACCUGUUUCAACCCCAAGGGCAUCACCAUGGGCGAGCUGUACGGCGAGAACAACGAGUUAACCCAGGAGUGGACAGACGGCCUUGGAAGCAGGAUCAUGCGAGGAUUCCAGACUGAGGAGAACAAUGACUACAAGUGGACGGUUUUCGAUGGGCCCGUGGAUGCCAUUUGGAUCGAAAACAUGAACACGGUCCUGGAUGACAACAUGACUCUUUGCCUGGCCAACGGCGAGCGUAUCAAGCUGAACUGGACGAUGCGCAUGCUCUUCGAAGUGGAGGACCUCCGUGUGGCCUCCCCCGCGACGGUCUCUCGAUGUGGCAUGGUGUACCUCACGCCCUCGGAUCUGGGAUGGGAGCCCUUCGUGCGCACUUGGCUGAGUGGAUUGCCGGACGAGCUGUACGGUGAAAAGGCGAAAGACAUGAUCUGGAGCUACUUCGAUGCUCACGUGCAGCGAGGCCUCGACUUUCUGCGGAAGAAUGGCUCAGAGCCUGUGAUCACGCAGGACACGCAGCUGGUGAUCUCCCUCUGCCGCCUCUUCCAGUCCGUGAUGAACGAAGAGGCGGCAACGGCCAACAGCUGCGCCUCCAAAGAUGCUCAGGUCGCCGAGGGGGAGCAAGUCCUGGCUCCGCGCAAGCUUUCCGGCAUGGAGGCCGCUGAGUUUGAGAAGUUCCUCCAGCCGACUUUCUGUUUCGCUUUCACCUGGACAAUCGGGGGCAGCUGUGAUGCCAAGACACGGGGAAUGUUCGCCAGAGAGAUCGAGAAUUGGUUCCCGAAUGUGUCCAUGCCAAGAGGCGGAGGUCCCUAUGACGGUUUCAUCAACUACCACGAAGGCCCGAAGUGGAAGUCUUGGACCGACAUUGUGCCGAAGUUCCUGUUCCAAGAGGGGGUUUCCUACUUCCAGCUUUUGGUUCCCAACCCGGACACCGUGCGCUUCUCCUACGUCAUGGACAGAAUGAUGACAACGCAGAACUCAGUGUUCCUCACGGGCAACUCCGGCGUGGGCAAGAGCGUCAAUGUUGCCGCCCUCUUGGAGAAGAUGAAAGAGGUUGCGGCCGUCAUGCCCGUUUUCAUGACCUUCAGUGCUCAGACGAAGGCAUACGAAACUCAGAUCAACAUCGAAAGCAAGCUCGAGAGAAAGAGAAAGACCCUGCUGGGUGCUCCUGUGAACAAGACGGUGGUGAUCCUCAUCGAUGAUGUGAACAUGCCGCUCGUGGAAGAAUAUGGUGCGCAGCCUCCAAUCGAGCUGCUGAGGCAAUUCCAAGACCAGAGGGGUUUCUUCGACCGGAAGAAGCAUGAGUGGAAGGAUAUCGAGAACACCACUUUGCUGCUGUGCGCCGCCCCACCAGGUGGUGGCCGUAACUCGAUGACUGCCAGAUUCACGCGGCACUCCCAGGUGCUGUGCAUGCCACCAACCAGUGAGGAGGCCAUGUCCACAAUCUUCGGAUCCAUUAUUUCCGGAUUCCUGCAGCGCUUCAAAAGCGAGGUUCAGGGCUUGGCCAACGCAUCGGUCCAAAGCACGAUCGAGAUGUACAACAAGUGUGGCGACGAGCUUCUGCCAACCCCAACCCGACCGCACUACACCUUCAACCUGCGAGAUGUGUCGAAGGUGUUCCAGGGACUUCUCAUGGUCAAGCCGAUGCACGUGACGAACGCAGAAGCUUUCACGAGGCUUUGGUACCACGAGCUUUCAAGAGUCUUCUGUGACCGUCUUAUCAACAAAGCGGACAAGGAGUGGUUCUACAAGGCGGCGGCCGAACAACUGAAGUCCAGGUUCAGAGUCUUGGAUACCGAUCCAGAGAUCUGGAAUGCCUUGAUGUGGUGCAACUUCCUCCGUCCGGUAGAGUCCCGAGUCUACGAGGAAGCCAAGGACAAGACGAAGGUGCAAAAGGUGCUGGAAGACGCAAACGACGAGUAUAACCUCUCGCACACAGCACAGAUGAAUCUGGUUUUCUUCCAGGACUGCGUGGAGCACAUCAACCGCAUUGCGAGGGUGUUGGCGCAGCCCAGAGGAAAUCUCCUCCUGGUUGGUGUUGGAGGUAGUGGGCGGUCAAGUUGCGCAAAAAUAUGUGCUUGCAUGUCUGAGACCAACGAGUUCAACAUUGCCUUGACGAAGGGCUACGGCAUCGAUGCCUUCCGCGAAGAUGAGAAGAAGUUCCUUAUCUCCGCAGGAGCAGGAGCCGCCAAGGCAACGAUGUUCCUUCUCAGCGACACGCAGAUCAUCAACGAAACCUUCCUCGAGGACAUUAACAACAUCCUCAAUGCGGGAGAGGUCCCGAAUCUCUUCCCGAACGAUGAGAUCGACAGAGUCAUUGCCGACACAAGGCCGAGAGCGAAGGAGCUGGGACGAAGUGAGGCCAAAGACGCAGUGUGGGCAUUCUUUGUGGAGAGUGUGCGAGACAAUCUGCACAUCGUCCUGACCAUGUCGCCUGUUGGAUCAGCUCUGAGGGUGAGAAUGCGAAUGUUCCCAGCACUGGUGAAUUGCUGCACCAUCGACUGGUUCCUUCCUUGGCCAGACGAGGCCUUGCUGGGCGUCUCAGCCCGACAGUUAUCUGGAAUGCAAGGCAUCAGUGACGAAUUGAAGGACUCGGUCUCACAGGCGUGCUGCUUCGUGCACCAGGAAGUCAUUCGAACAUCUGCAGUAUUCGAGGAACGACUCAGGCGCAAGGUCUACGUGACGCCCAAGUCGUACCUGGACCUCAUCAGCUUGUAUUUGGAGAUGAUCCAAGAGAAGAAGGAAGAGAAGGACGUGUCGCUCAAGCGCCUGCAAACAGGAGUUGACAAGAUUGACGAGGCGAACGAGUUUGUGAACAACUUGCAAGAAGAGCUCACCAAGCUGGCCCCUGUGAUUUCGCAGAAGAUCAAGGAGGCAGACGAGCUCGUUCCGGUCGUCACAGAGGAGCAGAAGAAGGCUGAAGUUAUUAAGGAGAAAGUCUCCAGCGAGGAGGUCAUUGUCAGGAAGCAGGCCGACGAAGUGAAGGCUAUUGCAGACGAUGCGCAAAGGGACCUGGACAUUGCCAUGCCAGCCCUUGAAAGUGCGCUGAAGUCCCUGGAUGCCUUGGACAAGAAAGAUAUCCAGGAGAUCAAGUCCUUCGCCAAGCCUCCGCCGCUCGUGAUGCUGACUAUGGAGGCAGUGAAUGUCCUUCUGCAAGAGAAGCCCGAUUGGGACACGGCCAAAAAAGUGCUGAACCGGCCGACCUUCCUGCAAGACUUAAAGGCCUAUGACAAGGACAACAUUCCAGAGAAGGUCCUAAAGCAGCUGACAAAGUACGUCACGAAGCCGGAGUACACCGUUGAAGCCGUUGGUAACCAAAGCAAGGCUGCGAAAAGCCUCUGCAUGUGGACCUACGCGAUGGACACGUACUCCAAGGUGGCAAAGGAGGUCGAGCCGAAGAAGCAGAAGGUGGCCGAGUUGAAUGACAAGUUAGCCAAGGCGAAUGCAGAGCUGAAGGCAAAGCAAGACAACCUCCACGAGGUUGAGUCGCAAGUUGCCGCUUUGCAGAAGAAGUUGAACGACACCGUGUCCGAGAAGGACCGGCUGGUGGCAGAGGCGCAGCUCACCAAGGACCGACUGGCACGGGCUGACAUCUUGACGGUCGGCUUGAAGGAUGAAGGCAUCCGCUGGCGUGAGACGGUAGCGAGCAUCCGACAAGACAUCAUCAAUCUCACUGGCGACGUUUUCUUGUCGUCAGCAUCGAUUUCCUACUACGGGCCCUUCACCGGUAACUACCGCAACGACAUCGUCGAUGCAUGGUUGACGGAGCUGAAGCGACUCCAGAUCCCCAGUGGUGAGACCUUCGACCUACGCGAGGUCAUGGGAAACCCAGUGGAGAUCCGCGAGUGGAACCUGCAGGGAUUGCCAACAGAUGCUGUCUCCAUCAACAACGGUGUCAUGGUCGUUCGUGGCAAGCGCUGGCCUUUGAUGAUAGACCCCCAGUCGCAGGGCAACAAGUGGAUCAAGAAGAAGGAGGGCAAGGAGUUGAAGACCCUGAAGAUGACGAACCCCAAGAUGCUGUUGAUUCUGGAAGGCUGCAUCCGGACUGGUGCUCCGAUGCUGAUGGAGGACAUCGAAGAAACCCUGGAUCCGGCCCUCGAGCCUGUGUUGCUCAAGGCUGUCUACGAAGACAACAACCGCCUGCAAAUCAAGCUCGGCGACAGCGAGGUGGACUAUGACAAGAACUUCCUCUUCUACAUGACCACAAAGAUGCCGAAUCCCCACUACUUCCCAGAGGUGUGCAUCAAGGUCACUGUGAUUAAUUUCACGGUGACCUUCGAUGGUCUGGAGGAGCAGCUUCUCAAUGAGGUCGUUUCGAAGGAGAUCCCCGAAACGCUCCAGAGGAGGGUAGAGCUAAUGCUGCAGCUUGCCGACGACAAGAAGGUGCUGAAACAGCUUGAGGACAAGAUCCUGAAACUGCUCUCCGAGUCGAGCGGCAACAUUCUCGACGACCAGGUGCUAAUCAGCACGCUGGGAGAGUCCAAAGAGACGUCCAUAGCAGUUAACGAGCGGGUCAAGGCUGCAGAGGAAGCCGCAGUGGAGAUUGAUGCGGCUUGCAAGCAAUACACGGAGGUCGCGACACGCGGAAGCAUUCUCUAUUUUGUGAUUGCAGAUCUCGCCAACAUCAACCCGAUGUAUCAGUUCAGUCUGUUUUACUUCGUGCGGCUGUUCAAGAAUUGUAUGGACAAGGCAGCCAGAAGUGAUGACAUUGACAUUCGCAUGACAAACCUGGCCAACCAGAUUUUGAACGGCAUCUUCCAAAAUGUAUGCAGAGGCCUCUUCGAAGACAACAAGCUCACCUGCUCCUUCCUGAUCGCCACUGCGCUCCAGCGCCAUGCUGGUGAGAUUACGGGGCCGGAGUGGUCGCUGCUGCUCAGGGGACUGGGCCUUCUGGACAUGUCGCAAAAGCCACCAAACCCGGAUCCAGACUUCUUCACUGAGAAGAUGUGGGACUAUAUGUACGCCAUCCAGCAGUACUCUCCGGGACGUUGUCCGGAUCUCUGUCAGCACAUGGCCGACAAUCUGGAGGAGUGGAAGACGUGGGUCCGCCAUGAUACUCCUCAUCUGCUGAAGCUGCCAGCAGAUUAUGAUGAGCUCAAUCAGCUUCAUUACUUCCACUACCUCCUGCUUCUGAAGGGCCUGGCACAGGAGAAGCUCUUGGUGGCCAUUCAAGAGCACACUCGGAGGUGCUUGGGGGAGAACUUCAUCAUCUUCCCCACGGCCACGGUGGCCGAGCUUUAUGCGGAUUCGACGCGCAGCACACCGAUUGUCUUCGUGUUGUCGACGGGCGCAGAUCCGACAUCCAUGUUGCUGCGCUUCGCGCAAGAGCUGGACAUGGCGUCGACCAUGGGCGUGAUCUCCCUUGGCCAGGGCCAGGGGCCGAAGGCCAUCAAGAUGGUCGACGAGGCUUGCAAGAAGGGCACCUGGGUGCUGCUGCAGAAUUGCCAUCUGUACAAGACUUUCAUGCCACAGCUGGAGAAGAUGUGCGAGACUCUCGAGGAGUCCAACAUGAUCCACAAGGACUUCCGCUUGUUCUUGACGAGCAUGCCGGCAGCCUAUUUCCCGGUACCAGUGCUGCAGAACGGCAUCAAGCUUACAACGGAGCCACCAAAGGGUCUGCGCGCAAACGUGAUGCGAUCCUUCCUUCCGAUGACGGAAGACCAGCUCAGCGACUCGUCGAAAGACAAGGAGUGGCGAAAGCUUCAAUUCGGCCUGAAGUUCUUCCACGCCGUCAUUCAGGAGAGGCGCAAAUUCGGACCACUGGGAUGGAACAUCCGCUACGAGUUCAACGACUCAGACCUGGAAACUUCUACCACGAUCACCCACAACAUGCUGGAGUUGGAUGGACCGAUCCCGUGGGACACGCUCCUCUUCGUUAUCGGGCAUAUCAACUACGGUGGCCGUGUCACCGACGACAACGACAGGAAGUGCUUACUCGCCAUCCUGGAGAAGUACGUGACUCCAAAGAUCCUUGAGCCCGGCUACACCUUCUCCGAGAGUGGAACUUACAGGUGCCCGGACAAUUCGGACACGGCCGACAUCGAGUCCUGGCGGAAGUUUGUUGCCAGCUUCCCCCUGGCGGAGCAGCCAGAGGUCUUCGGAAUGCACGACAAUGCGAACAUCAGCUUCAUGAGUCAGGAGUCCGAGAAAGUCCUGAAUACGGUGCUGUCAAUCCAGCCCCGAGAGGCCGGGGGUGGCGGAGGCAAGAGUUCGGAAGAGAUCGUCCUCGAAAUCUCGGCCGAGCAGGAGUCGCGACUCCCGGAACGUCUGCAUACGGAGAACGCGCAUCCGGAUAGCUUUGCGAUGAGCGAGGAGACCGGCUUGAUGACAUCCCUGGGGACGUGCCUCACACAGGAGAUGGCCCGAUUCAACCGCCUCCUGCAGCAGCUGACAUUGACUUUGAAGCAGCUCCAGAAGGCAGUCAAGGGCAUCAUUGUCAUGACUGGAGAGUUGGAUGAUAUGUACAACUCCCUUCUGAACAACAGCGUGCCGAACCUUUGGAUGAAGGAUGGCAUCGGCUACCCCUGUCUGAAGCCUUUGAACUCCUGGUUCGAGGACAUGAUCCUCCGCUUUGACUUCUUCCGAGACUGGAUCGAAGGUGGUAUCCCGGUGGCUUACUGGAUCUCGUCUUUCUACUUCCCCCAGGGCUUCCUGACCUCCGUCCUCCAGGGCCACUCCCGCAAGGAGCUGAUACCGGUGGAUCAGCUUUCGUUUGAGUUCGUGAUGCAGGACACCUCUGACCCUCAAGAGCUGGAAGGUGCCCCUGCCGAGGGGAUCUACAUCCAUGGCUUGUUCAUGGAUGGCGCAGCCUGGAGCUUCGAAGAUAUGGCGAUCGAUGAUCAAGAAUUUGGCACGAUGUUUGUGAAGUCGCCGGUCAUCAACUUCAUCCCUUGGAAGGACAAGAAGCCCAACAACGAGAAGUACCGCUGCCCCAUCUACAAGACCUCGAUCCGCGCGGGCACCCUGUCCACCACGGGCCACUCCACGAACUUCGUCUUGGCCAUCGAGGUGGAGACGCUGAAUGACCCAGCCUACUGGACCCUGAAGGGACACCUGCACAAUUUAGCAGAGUCCAAGCAUGCCCUCGCCAACUUCCCAGCCAAGCAGCUACCCGUGACUAGCACGCUUCGUGACUCCUUUCGGCGAUUGCCACAUCGUGCGGGCCUUUUCUACUGUGCUGGCCUGGCUGGGAAGAUGAACUGGCUUCUUGUGAGGCACGUUCCCGCUGCCAGUCGAUGCGUGGUCUUCUUUCCCGGGGACAUCAGUGACUUUGCCAACAAACAUGCGCCCUACAGCUACUCGCUGGAGGGUCUGCUGUGGGUGCUCUGCAGCAAAUAUCCAGAGGAGACGGUCAUCUUGGUUAAGCCACGCAUGAUGCUGGACCACUUUGCGAUCUACGCGAACUUCAUGAUGGUUGAUGGCAUGGGAAACCCAAGGCAUCUCACCGAUCAGAGAAGUGAGGCCGACGUCUCUGCAGAAGACUACGAUCUUCCCGCAGCUGGUCAUCUUUGUCAACUGCUCAAAUCAUUGGGCAAAGAGCUUGGCCAGGAAGUACCAGCCCACUUGGUCCUCGUUGGCUUUAGCAAAGGUGCUGCAGUACUCAACGCUCUGAUGCGGGACGUGCAGGAUGAGCUCUGGUCGACAGUUCGUACAGUGCACUUUGUCGAUGCUGGGCUCGCCAUCCCAGGUGUUUUCCCGCUACGAGGGGAGGAACUUCAGAAGGUGAGCAAAGCAGCACCCCCCGAACUCGAGAUUUGGCUCCACUGCACGCCGCGUCAAAUACAGGAUGAAUCGCGUCCGUUUGUCGCGCACGAGCACGAUGCCUUUGAAGCCAAAUGCAAGGCACUUGGCGUUGCCGUCCAGAGGAGGCUCUAUGCAGCUGGACUGCCCAUUAGUCUAGACAUGCACUUCGACGCCCUCCGCUGCUUCCUGACAAGCAGCGAAGAUCAGGACGGAGGUGACCGGCGUUGCGGCUUCUUCCAAGCCUGGAGAGCCGUCGCGGAGGCAGCGGACGACGAGAGGACAUGA